AUGGACCGGCUCGCCGCGCUCUCCAGGGCUUUCUCGUGCGUAGUACAUAAUACUUCGUACUCGUACGCGCAAUGCCGUUUUGCAUCUUGCACGCCCCGCGGCCGCGGUCGUCGGGAGGAUUGCCCCGUGCCAUGCGCAACGAUCGGACCAACUCACGCCCUCAUCCAUCGGACGCGAGAGUCGCAUAUCCGCCUGCCGGACAGGGUUGUUACUCGUGCAGACACGCCCCCCUCUCUUUUCUCGUCCCUCCAAUGUGAACCACGUCGUCGUAAUGUACAGCAAGUGCCCAUGUAG